GGAAGCGGCUGAAAGCGCGACAAGCUCCCGGUUCCUGCGUUUCGCACUGGAAUUGUGAUGCGCAGGAGACUCUCUUCCUUCUCCUCCUCCUCCUCCUCUGCUGCUUUGUUCUUUUUUUCCCUCUUCUUCGCCGGAGAUCUUAUGGAACCGUGCUGAUUGUCGUGCAGAUGCUGCGCGCGCUCUGCUCGCCUCUUGUUACCGUUAGAAACGCCGCAAACAGCUCGAGUUUGCGGCUGUGAGGGAAACGCUGCACAGCCCCGGCGGCAGACCCGCUCCUAUUUCCCCCAUCUUGGGCUGUGUGUGUGUGUAUGUGUGUGUGGGUAGGAGUGUAUUGUCGGCGUGUCACUGCCUCUCAGCAGAGCACAGAAGCGGCAGGAAACAAUAAAGAGAGAAAAAAGACACCAGAAAGCCUUCUCUGACUGUUCUGAGCAAAAGGCAAACUUAAAAAAAUUCCCACAACAGGAAAGAUGAGCUCAUAUUUUGUAAAUUCGCUUUUCUCAAAAUAUAAAAGUGGAGAUUCGUUACGCCCGAACUACUAUGAAUGUGGCUUCGCACAGGACCUGGCCGGCAGCCGGCCCACAGUGGUCUACGGACCGGGAUCUGGCGCUACCUUCCAGCACACUCCCCAGAUCCAGGACUUUUACCACCACGGCGCCUCCUCGCUCCCGAGCAACCCCUACCAGCAGAGUCCGUGCGCGGUCACAUGUCACGGAGACCCGGGGAACUUUUAUGGCUAUGACGCCCUGCAACGACAGACGCUCUUUGGGGCCCAAGACGCCGACCUGGUCCAGUAUAACGACUGUAAGCUCGGUGGCGCGACAGCGCUGGGGACGGAAGACACGGAGGCGACCGAGCAGAGCCCGUCACCGACACAACUCUUCCCCUGGAUGAGGCCACAAGUAGCUGCUGGCAGAAGGCGAGGCCGGCAGACCUACAGCCGCUACCAGACCCUGGAGCUGGAGAAAGAGUUCCUCUUCAAUCCCUAUCUAACCAGAAAGCGGCGCAUCGAAGUGUCGCACGCCUUGGCGCUAACAGAGCGCCAGGUGAAGAUCUGGUUCCAGAACCGCAGGAUGAAAUGGAAAAAGGAGAACAACAAGGACAAGUUCCCCAGCAGCAAGAGCGAACAGGAGGCGGUGGAGCGAGAGAGGAGGGAGAAGGAACUGCGUGAGGCCGGCGCCGGGAGCGGCGGAGGAAGCGGCGAAGGAGGCGGGGGGGCGAGCGCGGUGGCGGCCGCGGUUACGGCGGGCUCACAGGGCCCCGUCAGCGAGGACUGCUGUGAGAAAACACACAAACAAAUGUAAAGAGAGAGGCAGAGAGCUCUGAGGGGGUUAACCUGGAUGGGCAGACCUGUGCACUGCCACCUCUCUCCCCGAUUCAUCAGAUGAGUCUUCAGAAGAGGGAGGGCGGUGAUUUGGAAGGACCGAAGGUCUGUUAAAUGUCAAAACCACAGGAAAAACAGCAGU